AUGUCUUCAACAAUGGGGAAUGAAAUGAAGCGUUACAUUCUAUGGACAGUUAUCUUCCUGAGUAGUCCCCUGUGUCAGGCAAAGGAAGUUAGUGCAAAGAAAUCACUUGUAUGGGGCCCGGGACUCGAUGCAACAAAAACUCUACCCGCAAGAUAUUUCUUCGUGCAAGCUGUCGAUAAAAGCAAGAACAAUUUCACCGAGUCCCCGGGUCAAGAUACUUUUCAAAUAAGAAUUACAUCUUCAAGUGACAGUCGAGUAAGAGCAUGGGUGCAAACUCUGGACCGAAACGAUGGUUCAUUCAUCAUCCGCUACCGUCUCUUCGCGUCAUAUCCAGACCUUGUUAUAGAGAUCACCCACAAGGGAAAAAGCGUUGCCAAGUCGCCAUACAAAUUACAAGGAGGAGUGUAUCACGAGACUUGUUUUUGCCCCGAAACUAACGAGGAAGUUUGGGAGAAAACCAUGAAUUGUUCAGUGGAAUACUCACAAAUACGAAAGGAUCUUUCUCCUUUUCCUAAAAUAAAUCUAAAGGAGUUAGCUAAGGACGCUGUGAAACGCUUUGGAACCCACCAUGCGCUUUGUCAUUAUUCAAUUAUUAAUAACCAGGUGUAUAGAAAGACAUAUGGCCAGCAUGUGGGAUUUUCAAUGUUCAUGGAUAAUAUUCUUUUGUCUCUUGCAAGAAAAGUUGUGCUCCCCGACAUGGAGUUUUUUGUGAAUCUUGGUGACUGGCCCCUUGUUAAACAGAAGUCCAAUCCUAUUCCUAUACUUUCAUGGUGUGGCUCAGAUGACACUUCAGACAUUGUCAUGCCAACGUAUGACCUCACAGAGUCCACACUGGAGACUAUGGGAAGGGUUUCUUUGGACAUGCUGUCUGUUCAGUCAAAUACAGGACCAAAGUGGGCUGACAAGAUAAACAAAGCCUUUUGGCGUGGACGUGAUAGCAGAGAAGAGAGACUUCAGCUGGUCGUAAUGGCACGGAAAAAGCCAGAGCUCUAUGAUGCAGCACUCACAAACUUCUUUUUCUUCAAAUAUGACGAGAGCAAGUAUGGUCCCAAAGUAAAGCAUAUAUCAUUCUUUGAGUUCUUCAAAUGGAAAUUCCAGAUUAAUAUUGAUGGGACAGUAGCUGCUUACAGACUACCAUACUUACUAGCAGGUGAUGCACUGGUGUUAAAACAACAGUCACCAUAUUAUGAACAUUUCUACAAAGACCUUCAGCCUUGGGUACAUUACGUGCCUUUCAAGAGGGAUCUAAGCGAUUUAGAAGAAAAGUUAAAAUGGGCCAUGGACAAUGAUGAAAAAGCACAGAAAAUAGCACAAGCAGGGAAAGAGUUUGCAAGAAGCAAUCUGCUUGCAGAUCAAAUAUACUGUUAUCACUGGUCACUUUUUAAGGAGUAUGCUAAGCGGCAGGUAACCACACCCAAGAGGCACCCAGACAUGGAACAUAUAAAACAACCCAGUGAUAGAGAGGCCAAAUGCAACUGUAAGAAAAAUGUCCAUGAUGAGCUUUGA